AAUACAGCCGUGUCGUACGAUCGUGUGGCUGUGACAGUGUGCGUGAGGCCAGAAGAAUGGCGGACCAGCAAUUGGGGAGGUCCUGACCUUCAGCACCGUUACUAGCGAGGACAUAGAUCAUUGUAGAAAAAUUCUCGCCAACGGCGCGACGCCACGAUCUUCUUGAAAUCGCUGCCCAUACAGACCGUUCUGCAGCACUGAAUCCUUACUCCAAUCUUCAAUAAAAUCCUGCGUGCUCCGUAGCUCCAGUUUUCUGCGGCAGCUGUCGUUUCUAGCGGCCUUUUGAUUGCCCUGCUAGCGACCAUGUUCAAGAAAAGGGCCUCUACGAAGCAGGGCAAGACGCCGAUAGUGGCCGUGCCCUCGUCCCCUGGUGUAGCUGCUGUUCCCGGUUCAAGUAUUCCCGUAUCGCAGGAGGAGCUGACGUUAGCAAACUCCGAGUUCAACGUUCACAAGAUCACCGAUAUCCAGAACAGAUUUCAUGGAGGAGAGGAGUUACUCGUGGCCGGGCGUAUAUUCGUGCGUGAGGGCACACUGUUGAAGGUGUGUCGCAAGGGACCCAAACCUCGCCAGUUCUUCUUGUUCAACGACAUACUGAUCUAUGGCACGAUACUACCAACCAAAGGUCGCUACGCACAGCAGCAUAUACUGGACCUAGAACACAUGACCGUUACGUCCGACUGUCACUUCAUGCCUUCCGUAUACACUGCACACUCUACGGAACUUGAUGUCGACUCUGAGAAUGCAUUUCAGAUCAAUCACAUGGAGAAAUCAUUCCACGUCUUUGCCUCCUCGCUCGCCGACAAAGCUAACUGGAUUCACAACCUGAAAAAGUACAUUGCCAAACGCACCAUGGGCAAAAACGACCAAGGUAACUUUGCCAUGAAGGCGGUGUGGGUGCCGGAUGCCCGUGUCAACCAUUGCAUGGGGUGCGAAGUCAAGUUCACAACUUUCAAUAGGAAGCACCACUGUCGGUUCUGCGGCAAGGUUGUCUGCAACGACUGCUCUCCGCAUCGCGUGGACGUCAGUGCACUGCGUGGCGCGGAGAAGCCCAACGGCAAGAUGGAGAGAGUGUGCAAGGAGUGCUUCCACCUCUCCCAGUCCGAUCCGCACAAAGGGAAAUCUCCGCCGACCAGCCCCGCAGCAAGCCCGCGUUCCAGCAUGCGCACCAGCAAGCCGACAGUGAUUGACUCACGCAGCGGCACCACUCCUGAAGCGGAGUCCGUGCUAGCACAGGCGGGGUUCACUGCUUCUACUGAUGGUGGUGCUGAAGAGGAGAAGAAGAACAAACGACCUGCUCCAGCGCGACCUCCACCGCCAAGCUCACCGGCACCUGCAGAACUUGUGGAGAAGGCAAAGGAGCGGCGACUACGGAUAGACAGUGGUACGUUUGACCGACCCCGAAGCAAGAUGAGCUACAAGGAGAGAGGAGAUACUGGAACGGCCGGCGAGGCUGUCGAAGAGGGAGAGGAACAGAAUGUUGACAUGUACGACGAGGAUGUGAUAAAUGAGGGCGAGGAGCAGUAUGUGGGCAGAAGCGACUCGUCGUCAGACGAUUCCGACGACAGUGCGGAGAUAGAUCUGGAUGACGUGGAGGAACGCGAUCCGUUCACAAUGCAGCGCGCCAAUUCCGAAUCACCGCUCCACGGCUCUCUGACUGACGAGGGUCUGGGCGAGAUGUGUCACAAGAUUGGCAGCAACAUUCGCCUCUCGUCCAUUGAUGUCAUGGCGACGGAUGGAGAGCUGCAUUCCAUCAUGAUGCAGAGUGUACCGGAUAUUGAUCGCCGCGUAAACGUCGAGUGUGGCAAGUGCAGUAAAGUGUGCACGGGUGGUGAAUACGGGUGUCUGCGCAGUGAGUUCCUCUGCAAGGAACACUUCUUCGACCUGGUACGCGACUCGAGUAGAGUGGACACAAGCACAGCAUCAAAGCCAGCUACCCGUGCCGAGCCAAAGCCUGCUGGCAGGCAAGCACCAGUUCGGCCGGCACGACCUCGCCAGGACAACGCUGUCAGCCCGGACACAGCGGGACAGCCUAUGAAGCCGAAACCGCGCCAGCGCAUGGCAACAAACACUGCGGAUGGUCAAGCGUCGUCUACUCCAGCAACGACCGCAGCAGCAGCAGCAGAAGAACAGCUGGAAAAGACGGAAGCUGCAACCGUGACAACCCCAACCGCAGGUACUACCGCCAGCAGCACGGCUAACACCAUGGACGAUGUGGAUAGACUCUUGACAAUGACACCGGAAGAACAGAAACCCGGUGCGGCCUCAAGCAUGCUCGUCUCCUUGGCGACGGAUCCACCGGGACUCUCAGCAGAGCCGCUAGUCCCAGUUCCCACGGCAGCCGCAUCAGCAAUGGCUGCAGAUGACAAAGCGGCAGCAACUCCGCCAUCGGCAAAGCGUCAGACCGAACGGAGAAGAAAGAAAUUCAAAUCUGCCACACCAGCAGGCGGUGCAAAUGCAGAGACAAGUCCAACAUCACCCGCUGAUACACCAGCGCACAAGACAACGGAAGAGGAACAUCCAGCCUCUAUAGCAGAAGACGUGUCAUUCAUGCGCGAGGAUACCGACUCUCUUGGUGAUACGGGAAUGGCAGCAGCAGGGUCUGGAAAUGCAGUCAGUCCAGACGAUAGCAGCACAGGGCAAGCUGUGUCUUCACCCGACCCUGCGACGACCCCGGGCAGUGAUUCCACCGCCGAGGUGCCAACAGGCGACCUGCUGGACUUUGGCGACGAUGAUAAAGAUGCAACACAGAAGGCAGGGAAUGGAGCGGCAGUGGUUGCAGCAGCCUCUGGCAAGGCUCAGUCUCGCGCGGAGAAGCGGAAGAACAAGUUCAAGAAGAAGGAUGCUUCCUGAGUUCUGCGCGAAAUAAUUAUGACAACCGAUUUGCGUGUCGCUGUUGCACAAAUAUAAUUACUUCGAAAGUAUAUCCUUAUAGCACAAAAUUGCAUGCUUACUGUCGAGGUUCGAUUUUUAUUUUAUCGAACGCUUCCAAGAUUUUAAUUAGAUAGUAUUGUCUUUAUUGUACGUCAUGUCGCACUGAAAAUCACCGUUACCACCAGUGUGAGUGUGUGGUCUUCUAACACUCAACCAGCUCAGUGCACAUACGGUCCUGCGAACAGCACAUUGGAGUGGCAUGCACGCCGAAGCCUAAGUCCUGGGCGUUGAUAUGCUGUCAGUGCUACGUCCGCGCAGAUGGAAUGUGCACCUCGGAGAACGUUUGCCAUGCUAUUUGUCCACUUUCGGUCUCAUGCCACUACAGCCAGGGCUUGCCACUACUUACACACUUUGUCGAAGAAUUGCAAAUGACCGUACAGGCAGAUCUAUCCUUUGUAAAAGAAAUGAUAGAUCCUUUGAAUAGAAAUUAGGAAAUCUUCCAUGAUAUUUUCAGCCCGUCUGCCUGUGCUUCCAGAUUUGUUUAAUUUUUCCCCAGUACUUUCUUCUUCUUCUUCUUUUUUUUUGAGAUUUCACCUCAAUAGCAUGUGAGCUACAUCUGUUCCCAACUUCUCAC